UUCAUUGACUUAUGAACCAGUUCUAAUGAAAUCUUUAAAAAAGAGUAAAUAAUCAUAUGUUUUCACCUCAUAAACCACUUUCUUCGAUGGCGUUGUAAGUCCUUAUUUUCUUAUUUUGUUAUAAAUCCAUUGACUUCAGCUGGAACCUACACUACUGUAGAAGAUAAUGUUAGAGUAUUAUUGGUUACUCCCUUGAUUGGGCGCUUAAUACAAGAUUGACUGUACUUUAAUUCUUUUGAGCUCAAUCUUUCAGAAUAGUUUAUUUUCUUAGGUGAAUUUAUAUUUAACAAAGAUGUUUAAAAGAAAAUUGUGCACUUUACUUUUUAAAUAGAGAUUAUGUUUAUUCACUAGACUUGGUUAUAAGGCCACUAUAUCAGCUUAAAGAUUUUAAAACACUCUUGAAGGAGCAUAAAUUCUUAUUUAUAAAGAUGAGGAACACAAGGUAUCAGGUGUCUUUUAUGUGCUGCGGUAUUUUUUGUUAAAUUUAAACCGAUGCAGUGAAUAGUUAAUAAGAGACGUGGGGUAUUUAACUAUGUCUAUACACCUUUUAAACUGACAUAAAAUCUUGUUGUAUGAUUAUUGGUUUUGUCGAACUUAAAAUUCACAGACAGAUUAUCUUAGUUACUAAUGUUUGCUUGUAUCAAAAUAAGCCAAACUGUGGAAGUUGUCUAAAUUUGAUCAAGGUUAUCUUCGUGUUUUUUGUUGUUGCUUGUAAUCUAACAUAAGUAUUUAAUAUAUGUUUGUUUGGACAAUAUUUCUGUGGAAGUGGAAAAUAUUUAAAUAAAAAGUUAAUUGGGGUCUUAAAGGAUAAAGGGAUUUACUUAGACUAAAUAUUUAAGAUGGCGACCUUUUCUCAGUCAACUGUGGAUAAAGGCUCUGAUUCUAUUAUAGACUUUUGUUGUUCGCCAUGUCUAGAACACAAAACUCGCCAGUGGGCGGAGUUUUACUGCGAUAACUGUCUAAAAUUGUAUUGUGCAAAAUGUGUUACCCUGCAUAGUCAGUUGUUUGGGACACAUAUGACAUAUGGAAGGAGCGACACAAGUAAGUGGCCAGUGUCCAAGGAAGUGGAGGAUUUCCUUCAAAAAUGUGACCUUCAUGAAGACAAACAUCUAGAAAUGUUUUGUGAUGACCACAGUCAGCUUUGCUGCAUUAAUUGUGCUUUCCUCAAUCACAGACAAUGUGCUAAAGUGACACCGAUAUCCGAGUCAGUCAAAGGACCACCACCAGACUUGCAGAGACUAUCAAGAAAGAUUCAAAGUAUUCUUUUAGAAGUAAAGAAACUUCAGAGUUAUUGGGAUACCAGCAUGCAGUCUUUGCAGGCUUCAUACGACAAACAAGUACAUGAAAUACGUCAAACACGCCAGAAAAUGAAUACAAUUUUUGAUGAGAUUGAAAAGACCACCAUGAAAGAGCUUGAUGAUAAGAUGACAAGUCUGAAAGCUUCUCUCAAAACUGAUGUGGACAAUGGGAGCAAGCUUAAAAAUGAACUAAAUCAAAUCAGUGGCGCAAUAAAUGACAUUGUUGAUAACGGCAAAGCAGAACUCAUAUUUAUUGCAAGUAAGAAAAGUCUGGCAAUGAUAAAGCAUUCGGAAAAAUAUCUGAAGGUAAACUCUGUUCAGGUAAAAAGUUUUCUAACAUUCCAGGCGGACAGUCAUGUUCAACAAUACUUAAGUAAAUUAACAGGUCUGGGUAAGAUUUUGGUCAGUACCCAGGAAUUACCAGUGCUAGGUGACCCAGACCAGGUUUUCACUGUGACAAGAAAGUCAGAGUAUGAUGUGAGCAUGCCAAGAGAUUCACUGAAGAGUAACUUUACAUCUUAUUUUAGUAAAAUUUGUGAGGAAAAAUAUUUUAUCAAUGCCAUCUGUACUCUCUCUGAUGAUCAGAUCCUUGUUGCAGAUAAUAAGAAUUGCAUUAAGCUACUCAAUCAUCAAUACCAGGUGGUGGGACAUUGUGUUUUAGAUUCUCACUCAAGGGACAUGUGUCAAAUCUCACCAAAUGAAGUAGCUGUUGCUGUCAGUGAUGAUCAGACACAUUGGGUCCAGUUUGUCUCAGUGAAUGGUAGGCAGCUGAUUAAGGGCAAGAAGUUGCAGUUUAAACAUGAAUGUAUUGGUAUAGCUCAUAAUCUGCAAGACCUGUAUCUCACGAGUGGCACUGCACUUUACAAGUAUUCAAUGAAAGGAGCCCUAUUGAAUAAGCUGUUUGAGGAUGAAUCAGACUUUGACACAGUACAUAAGUGUGCAGUAGGUCCUUCAGGUGACAAGAUAUUUGUCACGAUCCAUAACCUAAUCCAGUGCCAAGGAAUGGUCCUCGUCUUGGCCAAUGAUGGCAAAGUUCUCCACAAGUUAUCAGACCUCUACCCUUUUUUCCCACAAUGCAUUUAUGUGACUGAUCUUGGACAGUUGCUGGUCUGUUGUUCUUCAUCAUACAAUAUCAUACAGCUGGAUGGUGAAGGCAAGAAGAAACUGGCAACUCUUGCUACCGAGAGAGAUGUACUUUUUUGCCCAAUGUCAGUCUGCUACAACAAGAGCACAGAAUCCAUUAUUGUGGGACAAGUGCACGGAAAAUUACUCGUUUUCAAAGUGAAAUAGUUUUGUUUCGAAAGUUUAAGUACAAAUCUUUAAGAACAUGUACUUUUAUUGAAAUCUUGCACUACCAAAUUCAUAUUAAGUGUAACAUUUUAUUACAAAUUUCACCUGGAAGAUGUAUUGUGUGGCCACAUAAAAUGCAUUCAUAAUAAAUUUUGGCCACAUGGAUGUAUUAUUAGGUGAUUUAUGUUUAAUUGAAUAAUUCUCGUUGGAUGAACUUCAUGUAUUGUGUUGCCACACACUUUAAAUACAUUCUAUCAUCUGUUACAAGGAAUGAACUGUAUUGCUGUGAAUUAUUUUGUAUUAGAAUUGUUUCCGUGUGUUUUUGAAAUAUUGAUGUUGAACAUGUCUUUUAUGCAUAAUUUAUUUGUUACCAUUUUUGAUGCUUGACCAUAUUUUUAUGCCCCCCUUCGAAGAAGAGGAGGUAUAUUGUUUUGCAUAUGUAGGACGGUCGGUCGGUCGAUUGGUCGGUCCGUCUGUCCACCAGAUGGUUUCCGGAUGAUAACUCAAGAACGCUUAGGCCUAGGAUCAUGAAACUUCAUAGGUACAUUGAUCAUGACUGGCAGAUGACCCCUAAUGAUGUUCAGGUCACUAGGUUAAAGGUCAAGGUCACAGUGACUCGAAACAGUAAAAUGGUUUCCGGAUGAUUACUCAAGAAUGCUUACGCCUAGGAUCAUGAAACUUCAUAGGAACAUUGAUCAUGGCAGAUGACCUCUAUGGAUUUUCAGGUCACUUGGUCAAAGGUCAAGGUCACAGUGACUCGAAACAGUAAAAUGGUUUCUGGAUGAUAACUCAAGAAUGUUUACGCCUAGGAUCAUGAAAUUUCAUAGGUACAUUGAUCAUGACUGGCAGAUGACCCCUAAUAAUUUUCAGGUCACUUGGUCAAAGGUCAAGGUUACAGUGACUCGAAGCAAUAAAAUGGUUUCCUGAUGAUAUCUCAAGAAUAAUAAGGCCUAGGAUCAUGAAAUUUCAUAGGUACAUUGAUCAUGACUGGCAGAUGACCCCCAUUGAUUUUCAGGUAACUGUGUCAAAGGUCAAAGUCACAGUGACAAAAAAAGUAUUCACACAAUGGCUGCCACUACAACUGACAGCUUAUAUGGGGGCAUGCAUGUUUUACAAACAGCUCUUGUUGUGUAAUUGUUAGGCAAAUUAAAAUAAACUUCAGGGUACAUUUUAGUUCCUUCAUUUAACAUGCUUUUCUUUAACUGUCACUAUC